UCCUAAAAGUGACAUAACCGAAUGCAAUAUGCUUUCUCCGGCGGAUCCUGUGAUUAUAGUACUUUUGGGCUAUUUGCUCUUCGUCCUGAAAGUGGGACCAAAGUUUAUGCAGAAUCGAACGCCAUUUGAUCUGCGAACCAUUAUCAAGGGCUAUAAUAUCUUUCAGAUAAUAUACAACGUUUGGAUGCUCGUCUACGCCAUACACUUUUUGUUCUUUUUGAGGCUGUAUGAUUUGGGAUGCAUGACGAGUCUUCCUCUGGACCAUGAACACAAGCACCGGGAGAGCUACUUCGGCACCCUGUACUUGGUCAACAAGUUUGCCGACCUGACGGAAACUAUAUUCUUUGUUCUGCGGAAGAAGAACAGACAGAUAUCUGUCCUGCAUGUCUUCCAUCACGUCAGCAUGCCGUUGGUGGUAUAUUUGUUCAUAAGGCUCCAAGGAUUUGCUGCCGUUAUCCUUUAUUGCGUCUUGAACGUGGCCGUUCAUGUGCUGAUGUACACCUACUACUAUCUGUCCUCCGUCAGCAAGGCGGUGCAGUCGAGUCUUUGGUGGAAGAAGUACAUCACCAUGGCCCAGAUGGUACAGUUCGGAAUUAUACUAUCCAUCAUAGCCUACACAUUAUCGCAGCCCAAUUGCAAUGUCCCGCGACCCGUGGUGUAUGUUUCAGGCUGUUUAACAUUGUCCUUUUUGGUAUUGUUUAGCAACUUUUACAUCAAGUCGUACUUACUAUCGGACCGAAAGCGCGGUCAAAAGUCAUAAGUACUUGAAUAUAGUCAGAGUAUGAUCAAAAACAAAUAAAUUCAUAGUUUUGUUAGAGAAACUAGAGACAUUUAAUUAAACUAUACAGCAAAGGUACACCUAAA